ACUGCUGCUGCUGCGUCGACCGUUGUCCAGUGGGAAUGUUGUGUAGUCGAGCAACAACGGCAUAUAUACACGCACAGCAGCUGAUAAGCCACGGUCGAUCGAAAAGCGUGAGAAAUAAGUGCAGUGUGCGUUCGGAACGCUCGUCCAGCUGGAGUGUGUUUGUUAGUGCCAUUUGACGUUUAUGUGACGGGUGUGUGGUUUUCUGCAUUGCAGUGCAUCCCUUUCGCUCAAGUAUCCGGAUUCCCAAAGUGAACAGACCGAUGCUGGUACGGUCGGGAUUUCUGUUACUGCUGCUUUGGCUCCACCAACGACUACCGGGCUCUAUACAAGCAACCGAACCAACCACCUGGCGUUGCAGUGGAGGACUAUGCAUUCUACCGGAACUAUGCCGUCCUGUCAGCGUCAACGUGUACGAUGAGGUGCAUCUGGACUUUUUCAGCGUAUCAAGUUUCGAUCGUUCUAGCUCUGACGAGUGCCGGUUACCACAUCUCAAAUGCUGUCCAUUCGAUCGUAUCGUCCGUGCACCGGACACCGAACCACCAGACGGGAACGAAAUAGUGUGUGCAGCGCGAAAUAACAACGGCAUUGGACAUGUCGAGCAAAAGGAUAAAACGCGCGCCAAAUAUGGUGAAUUUCCUUGGAUGGCAUUCGUGUACACCGCACAGGCCGAGUACGAGCUGUACCUGUGCGGUGGUACACUGGUUCACUCGAAAGUAGUCAUCACGAUCGCACACUGCAUCGAGAAUCGUACGAGCAGUGAUCUCCGGGUACGCUUGGGCGAAUGGGACCUGGAGCACAUGGUUGAGAUUUAUCCGCCACAGGACCGUGCUGUCAUAGCCAGCGUUACACAUCCCCAAUUUUACAGCGAACUGCUGCUAAACGAUAUCGCUAUCCUGUUCCUGGACGAGCACGUCGACUUUACGGAGGUAGUUGGAAUAGCCUGUUUGCCUCCGCAGAACGCUAACUUCGAUCAUAAGCGGUGCCUUUUUACCGGUUGGGGUGAGGACGAACGUGGUCGCAACUCGUCCGUGCUCAAGCGCACCAAAUUGCCGAUCGUACCGAACGGUCACUGUCAGCGGGUGCUCCGUCGCCAUCUGCUAAACCGAAGUUUCCGGCUGCACCAGGGCUUCCUGUGUGCUGGUGGCGAGUCGGGUAAGGAUGCGUGUCGUGGCGAUGGUGGAUCUCCGCUCGUGUGUCCGAUACCACAAUCUGAGAAUCAGUACUACGUGGUCGGAUUGGUCGCAUUCGGUUACGAGUGUGGUACACAGGGUGUGCCGGGAGUUUACGUCAAUGUUCCUCACUAUCGUGACUGGAUCGAUGGGGAAAUCGAAAAGAUGUAUCAUGUUGAUAUUUUCGUUUAGGACUAAACUUCUUCA